CAGAGACGGUCGGAGAAGGAAUGAAAAAAGAAUUUUCUGAAAUGCUGAGUGGAUUUUAGAUAGCGUUUUACUUCGGAACCGCAACGUCAAGCUACUUUUCUGAUUCCGUGGCUAUAUCUGGUGGAUUUCAAGAUUCUUAUCCGCGUGUAUGGAGUUUCAUAAGACGAAAAGGUCGUUGAACAGAGCUUUUAAAUUGGGCUAUUGGAAAAUUCGCAUUUGAAUCGUUGGUUGGGUAGAGCAAGGAAGCCGCCAUGGCUGGUGCUACUGGAUCGUUGAGUCUCCACCUCAGAAUAUGAACAAAUACUCGACUUUCAUGCUCUAAUUUUCUCAUGACUAACAACGUUGUUGCUGUCAUUUUAAGGAGCACCGAAUACAGGAAUUAUUUUACAUGUGUCAAUCUACGUGUAUGAAUCUGAAGCGAUCCAGAGCAAGAAAAUCGGUGGGUUUUUUUUCGGGGGAAACAGGGAGAAGGCCGGUUUCAUGACUAUUUCUUUACUGACACCGACUUGUAAAAGGCCUUGAUUGCAAACGACAAAGAGACUGUUUUAAAAAGGAUGGUUUGAAAGAAAGACUGUCAGUGGAUGGGAGAAGGUAGCGAAUCAGCUGAAGAAAAUCGACAGAAAGGAGUGAACGGGUGACGGUGUUGCUUUUUCCUUUACGUAUUUUGUGAAAAUAUCACUUAUAGAGGUCUUUGAACAGUGACCCAGUUGAUCAAAAGUGUCAAUCGGCCAAUCGACAAAACAACAGGGAUUUACGAUUGGAAUAUGUCGGGUCGGCCAAGAACCACCUCCUUCGCAGAGAGCUGCAAACCAGUGCCGCAGCCUUCAGCAUUUGGCAGCAUGAAAGUCAGCAGAGAUAAGGAUGGCAGCAAAGUGACCACAGUAGUGGCGACUCCAGGCCAGGGCCCGGACCGGCCACAGGAGGUCAGCUACACGGACACCAAGGUGAUCGGGAACGGCUCGUUCGGCGUGGUCUACCAGGCCAAGCUCUGCGACUCCGGCGAGAUGGUGGCCAUCAAGAAGGUCCUCCAGGACAAGAGGUUCAAGAACCGAGAGCUUCAGAUCAUGAGGAAACUGGACCACUGCAACAUAGUGCGCCUCCGCUACUUCUUCUACUCCAGUGGAGACAAGAAGGAUGAGGUGUAUCUGAAUCUGGUUCUGGACUAUGUCCCUGAGACCGUCUACAGAGUGGCCCGACACUACAGCCGAGCCAAGCAGACACUCCCCAUGAUCUAUGUCAAGCUGUACAUGUAUCAGCUGUUCCGCAGUCUGGCCUACAUCCAUUCCUUUGGGAUCUGCCAUCGGGACAUCAAGCCUCAGAAUCUGCUGCUGGACCCCGAGACCGCUGUGCUCAAGCUCUGCGACUUUGGCAGUGCUAAACAGUUGGUUCGUGGGGAGCCCAACGUCUCCUACAUCUGCUCACGGUACUACAGAGCCCCUGAGCUCAUCUUCGGUGCCACAGACUACACCUCCAGCAUAGACGUGUGGUCAGCUGGUUGUGUGCUGGCUGAACUGUUGCUCGGACAGCCGAUAUUCCCUGGUGACAGUGGAGUGGAUCAGCUGGUUGAGAUCAUAAAGGUCCUGGGGACCCCCACCCGUGAGCAGAUCCGCGAGAUGAACCCCAACUACACCGAGUUCAAGUUCCCCCAGAUUAAGGCCCACCCUUGGACUAAGGUGAGUCAACAGGUGUUCCGGCCCCGCACGCCCCCGGAGGCGAUAGCGCUGUGCUCGCGGCUGCUGGAGUACACGCCCACGGCCCGGCUCACGCCGCUGGAGGCCUGCGCCCACUCCUUCUUCGACGAGCUGCGCGAGCCCAACGUCAAGCUGCCCAACGGCCGCGAGAAGCCCUCGCUCUUCAACUUCACCACUCAGGAGUUGUCCAGUAAUCCUUCCCUGGCCUCCAUCUUGAUCCCUGCCCACGCCCGUAACCAGGCUGGAGCCUCCACCCCCACCAACGCUUCAGCCACCACAGAUGCCAACAGUGGAGACCGUGGCCAGACCACCACUACUGCCUCUGCCUCCGCCUCCAACAGCUCCACCUGAGUGCCCCAACCAAUCAGACCCAUCCCUCUGACCGAAGCCACACCCACCCCAAUGCUCAUUGGCCGCCAGAUGCCAGCCAGAGAGAGGGGGGCGGGUAGAAUCCCCAAAACCCACAAAUACUGACACACACACGCACACACACUCACACCCGCACCCACUGAAAAGAUGAGGAACAUGUACCAACAUUGUCGAAUCCCUCCCCCCUUAUUGUGCUGUUUUUAUUUUCUAAAAAAUAGAAGAGAAAAAAACCUUUUGUAUGUUUCUGAAAAGAAGACGUGUGUAUGGAUCGUAGUCUUCGUGUGUGUGUGUGGACGGAGGGAGUGAUCAAGGGCAGACUAAGAGAAAGAAGGAGAGACGGUGAGGAACACAUACACACAGCAUACCACCACAAAUACACACUCAUGCACGUACCCACACACACGCUCACAAACACAUAUUCUCAGAGAAACACACGCACACACACUCACACACAAACAUACACACCUGUACACGCACAGCCAGAGAGCUCCUCGUAGCUCUCAGAGGACAAUCCCCUCAGUGGAAGCAAUCCUGUAGCUGAAAUCCAUCCACUUCCCUCCCUUCCUCCCUCUCUCUCUUUCUCUCUCCCCCUCCCACUGUCUCUCACACUCUCUUCUCUCCAUUUCUCAAUCACUGCUCACUUACCGUCACCCCCCCACCCCCCCAUGACCUUGGUGAUGACCUUGACCCUUGACCUCUCCCACCCCAGGCUCCAGCCCACUGACUCUGGAUCCUCUGUAUGGUGCAUGGCUUGAAUUUGGUUGGGAGCAUCCAGACAUGUAGGCCUCACUUUUAUUCUUUUGAACAGAUAGAAAGCAAAAAAAAAAAGUUAAAAAGUAAAAACGAGCUAUAUUGACCUAAUUUUAUUAGUCCUAUAUUGAAGCGGUCGUAUAUGUACACUUUGAGAAAAAAAAAGUUGAAAAAUAAGUAAAAAAAAUAUAUAAAGUUAUAUAUAUAAAUAUAUACGAAUGAACCCACGUUGUUUUUCGCAUGCACAAGCAACGUACUCGCAAAGACGGGUUCCCAAUGCGGUUGAAGUUUUAAAUGGGGGGCGUUUUAAACAACUCGCGAGCAAACAACUGUUUUUUUUUCAUUUUCAUGUGUUUCUUUUCAUUUUGGUUUGUUUGUUUUAAUGUCAUUUUAUUUGAUUUGGUAUGGCGAGAGGGGAGGCUAAGGGCUUUUUGAAAGGGGUGGGGUGAUGGUCAGACCUUUUGAUUGGCAUGUGAGAUGUGUGUGUGACAUGUCUCUGUUUAUCUGUGUUUGUGCAUUAUACAUGCAUACACACUUUAUAUAUUACUUUGCAUUAUGUAAAAUGAUACAUAUAUAUACAUACAUAUAUAUAUAAUUAACAGAUAUUGAGAAUUUGUUGGGUUUGAAGUCCAUUGAGGUCACAAAUGUUAAGUAUGCAGUUGCAAUAUUUGCUGCUGCCUUUUUUUCCAAGAAAAUGGUAAAAUAUACAAAUCUGUACACGCGCAUUGAAACGGUUGUGGCGUGUUGGGAAUCUUGCCUCUCGCGCAGGAGCGGUUUCUCCACGCCGGAUGCUUCCACGGCGGCCCUGAGGGUGUUCUCUGUCCGCGGGCUGUUGAGUUUUUUUCCCCUCGGACAACGUCGACAUGCGUUUCAGCCUCCCGUCCGUCCACCUCUCCCCGGCUUGGGUUAUUUAUUCUUUUUUUUUGCAUGUGCGGCAGUUUCCCAGUCUCCCUGCUUCGGAUUCCAGGCUGGGCUACGUCACAGCUCCUUGACUUAUCCAAAGGCAGUGGGGAUUUC